AUAUUGCCUACCGCGCAACGAAGACCGUGGUCACCGUGGUCCACAGGCUGAUCCACAAUCUCUCGUUGAUUGCUGCCCCGAUCAUCGCACGACUCAACGGGACCUGCACCGCUCAAAGUCGUGUAAAACCAAAAGCUAUCAAGUUUUGCUUAAUUUUUAUCAUUUCGUUUAUUCAUCCUUUUUUACUUCUCUACACAUUCGCGUACACAACCGUGAAAUUGUUAUUCAGGUUCGAAAUAUUAUUAUGCGCGUUUUGUGCUUAACCGCAGUGGUCGUGCAGACAAUUCGAUGAAAAAAUAAAAAUCAAAAAUCCGAAAAAAAGAAACAAUCGCUCGCAGGAGGAAAGAAUGAAAACGAGAGAAAUAUUAAAAAAGGACAGCCAAUUCGUGAUCAAAUCGGUUAGACAUUCGGCGUGAAAUCACGGUGAUAAUUGUAUCGGUUGAAAAAGAGAACGAGACGUGCAGUAUAAUGUGUGAAGACGGCAAUAAUAGUCGUGUACCAAGAUGACUUUGAGUCAAUAUAAAAAUUUAACCAAAAGUGUUGCGAUUUUCAUAAAUCAAACCCCCUUUCAAAUCUGUCAAUGAUACGAAUUAUUAUCAAGUUAUUGAAACCGUAAAUUUUAUAAAACCAAAAUGGCUGAGAACGGCUGAUUAUAGUUAUACAUAAAACAUAAUUUUGAAAGCAUAGAAUUUGAAAACUGAAACGCCCGGUGAUAUUUUUUGAAAGUUACAUCUAUGCGAUAAGAACCUUACACCGAAUUCAUCUCAGUGCGAAUGAAUAAAUUUUUUAUUGAAAAUAAUGACAAUACUCAUAGCGAUAGUAAUAAAAAGUUUUUUUCUCUUCACAUGGAGCGUAUAACUGUUCACUCACAUUUCAACAAGAUAAAAAAACAAAAGAAAAAAACAGUAAAUUAAAUAACUAUCGACAAUUCAAGCCAACGUGCAAAACGCGGAAUUUCGGUUUUCUUAAACAUAUAAUUCAAUUUGCAUAUGAUUCAAUAAUUCGAACGUGACCUGCAGCCCGGAAUACACAUUUACGUAGUGUAUGCUGGGAUGAAAUACACGAGAAACAUUGCGUGCAGUAAAUCCUUCGGGAAACGUUAGAAGGACAACGUCAACUCGAAAGACACACCGUUCCAAUUAAGGUAUACUCGUCUGCAAAGCGUAUGUACCUGGCCGUACGUCUGUCCGUUCGUUGAGCGAUCCCUUUUAUUUUACCCGCUGCACCCGCAACAGACUUUUUCCAAAGUGAGUGUGUAAUGCACCUGAAUGCUAGUGAAACUCUCUCGUGUCCAACAUCGAAGCUACCUUGUGUUACGUAAAGUUGGGAUUGGAUUGGAUUUUCUCGUAGGCUUUAAUAAAGCCGGUUUCAAACACGUGGAAACUCGAGUGUCCGUUAAUCUUAUAUAGGACAACAUGCGGAGUUGGUUGAUGACUAUCGAAAACGAACUGUACGUACUAAUGCAAGGACUUCGAAUUUCCAAAAGAACGAGCCGUUGUGACAACGUCUGGUGAAAUAUUUGGAAAAAUUUUACAUUCAUCGAUAUAACAAAAUAAAAAAAUUAGGGGAUCUUCAUCAACAUAAAAGAUAGGUAUAAAGUGGCCAGUAACACAAAAUACCCCGCAGACAAUCGGACCUGGUAUUAUAAAAUAAUCAAAACUCAAUAAAAAAGUGAAGUGAAAAUAUCAGGUGGGUGGGCGGGAAAACGAGUUGGACUUUAAUUGAAAUAGGUGAACGAUCGUUGAAAAUUAACUCGUCAGAAUGAAGUUCAUCACCGCGUUGUUCGGGAGUGGAUCCCCGAAGAAGAUGGGCAAGCAGUAUAUGAAAGUUGGAAAAAAUGCCCUUUUCGGAAUUAAACCUAGCGGGAUCAAGGAAAUUUACGCGGAAAAGGGUCCGACACCUCUGAGUCUGCUUCUUUCCAGAAAGGGCAAGGUGAAGCACAGUAGGCUCGCCGUCAUACUCUUCGGACUCUUCGCCCUGGCCAUCGGAAUAAUUCUGAGCAGUAUUCCAUGGGUGGAUUACGUACUGUUGAGGCAACUCAGGCUUUGGAACGGAUCCCUGUCAUUCCAGUACUGGCAAAAACCUGGAGUAGUUCGUCUAACCAAAGUUUACAUCUUCAACGUCACGAAUACCGACGGCUUUUUAAAUUUCGGAGAAAAACCAAAAGUUGAAGAGGUCGGGCCCUUCGUUUAUAAAGAAGACAUGGAGAAAGUGAAUAUUGUCUUUCAUGACAACGGGACGGUGACCUACCAGCAUAAAAAAAUUCUCAAUUUUAUGCCCGAAAUGUCCAGGGAUGGGGACUUGCGUGUGAUGGUCCCGAACAUUCCGUUGCUGACGUUGUCGACUCAAAGCAAGAGCUUACCUCGACUCCUGACGAUGGGCCUUUCGGUGUUUCUGCAGGGCAUGGGGAUCGAACCAUUUGUCCCAGUGACGGCACAAGAAUUGGUCUUUGGGUACGACGAUCCUUUAGUUAGUUUAGCUCAUCGUUUUUUUCCAAAGACUAGAAGACCGAUGAGCAGGAUGGGGCUACUUUUGGGCAGAAACGGGACUCUGAGCGAAGUCCAUACGAUUUACACGGGAAAUACGGGUAUGGAGAAUUUCGGAUUAUUGAACAAAUUAAACGGCCUCGAUCGAUUACCGUACUGGAAAAAUGAGCCGUGUAACUCCAUCAGAGCGUCCGAAGGUUCAUUUUUUCCGCCCCGCGAUGUGACCGGUUCCGAUAUGGUGCACAUCUGGGACAAGGAUGUCUGUCGAAUAAUACCGCUGCAGUAUCGUGGCCCGACUGAUAAAACGGGAAUUAAGGCUAAUCUGUAUACACCACCUGAUAAUGUAUUCGAUCCACCGUCUGAAGAAAGUCCUGACAACGAAUGUUUUUGUCCUGACGAACCGGAGAGUUGUCCCAUUCGAGGUUUACAAGACAUCAGUCCGUGUCAAUACAGUGCGCCAGUAUAUUUGUCAUGGCCACACUUUUACAAGGCAGCACCGGAACUUUUAGAUGCCGUCGAAGGACUGAAACCAGAUCAAAACCUUCAUGAAACUUACUUUAAAAUACAACCGAAACUCGGAGUUCCGGUCGAGGGUAAAGUACGGGUACAGCUGAACCUUAAAGUCGAACAUCAGCCAGAUUUGUCAGCGACGGAAAAUUUCCCUGAUAUCGUAUUUCCAAUAAUGUGGUUAGAGGAAGGAAUCGACGAAUUGACGCCGCCGAUUAGACGGUGGAUUUACCUGUCUACGACAUUCAUGGACAUCGCAGUGCCUUGUUUUACUUAUGGUCUUAUUUUAAUGGGGUGUGCAAUAAUAAUGGCCGUUGUAGUAAAGACUUAUAAAAAUAUGGCGUACGCCCAGGAGGCUGUCGAGUUGGGUAGACGAACGAAAACGAGAAGUUCAUCGCUUAACGUUAACGGUCGGCAUAGGUUAGUCAUUGUCAGAGACUCUUACGUGUUGUUAAAUAAUUCUACGCCAGAGAUUGAAGAGACUGUUGCGGUAUGAGUAAUUUCAUAUCCAAAGUACCAGUUUCCUCAUGAGAAGAAAAAAGAAAGACAACGUCGCCCAAUCAGACGAAUAAAAACAUUUUAAAUUUAAGGUACAUACGUAGGCGUGAGGUGGAUGAAAGUGGGCCUCAAAAUUGUUGUGAAAAAUCACGAAAACCGACGUGUUAUAUACCUUAAGAAUCUGCCUCUAUUAUAAUGAUAGUAAGAAUAACUAUGAAUCAUCGGUCACGGAUGGCAGUGAUUUUGGUGAAGCUUAAGAACAAUGCUUAUCUGCUCUUAUUUUUACUGUUGACCAUAUUUAUUGAAAAUACCUCGAUUGAGAAUUCUUAAUAUUUCCCGUAGAUCAACUAAAUUAAGAGACUGAUCCUUCUAAAAAUCAAACUUCAUAAUUUCGAAUGUGAUUUUAUGGAACCGGGGGAAUUCUGCUCCCGCUUGCAUUUCAUUGCCUUCGAUAGUAUUAUGGUCGUUAUUUUUUUAUUUUUUUUAUUUGAUAUUGUAACGCGAGUCCAGUCAUUAAUUUAAAGAAUGUACUUCUCUAUUUCGAAAAUUGAAAAUUGAAAAUUGAAUGUAAAUCGAAGAUUACCAUGCCAUCUUUAGCAAAGAAGUCAAAUUUUAUUGGGUAUAAUUUGAGACCUGUACGAGUCGAUAGGAAAAAAACUAUUUGGCUUGCUGUGGGUAAAAUCGUGAACUGCAUUCACCGUGACACGAUGAAACUUAAGCUCAAGGUUGAUUUAGUUAGGGUUUACAAUGAGAUAUCAUGUAUAAAAUUAAGGCUGCAUUGGUGCCUCAGAAUUAGGCAUCGUAUGAAAAAAAAAAUUUCUCCCUUUCUGGUUUUGUACAUACGAGGUAAACCUCGAGUAAAAAAAAAACUAACUCGGUCAUUGCUCAAUUUAAUUCAAGCAUAGAUUAUGAUUCAAGAUAUUUAAUAGUUGUUCAUAUUAGGAAUUAUCGAAUUGUAUAUUUUGCACUGAAUGUAAACCGUCCAAUAUAUAAACUUGUGCAAUAAAAUAAAUAAAGUUUCUUGUAUACUUAUGAGUGAAACGAUACAAGUUGUAACGAAUAUUUAAAUUAAAUUUAGCUUUAAUUGCAAUAUUAAUAUUUGCAAUUGAGAAAAAAAUCAGCAAAUUAAUGAUAAUUAAUCGUUCUAUGAUUGAUUAUCAUUACUACAUCCGGAUACAUAAAAAAUGCUUUAACAUUAAUAUAAAUUUGUUAAUUUAGAUCGUAUCCAUUCCCAUGACUAUGACCAUUACACUAUAACGACAUACUUAAUUAUCUACCUAAUUCCGUAUGGUUAUCAUGAUGUAAUCAGCAUAUACAUGAAUAUAAACAUAACUAUCAAAAUAUUGUUAUACAUAUAUAUUUCUAUUUAUACUAUAUACUACAAUAAAAUACGCAAUAUAUACGUGUAUAGUUUUUAAUACAGUAAUUUCUAAUAAAUCGUAUACGGUUAACGUCAAACAACGGAAUAAUAUGUAAAAAAAAAAUUGAAAUCCCCAAUAAUCUCUUAUAAACCAUAACUACGUGUAUUUAACGCACAAUAAUUGAAACGUGUAUUCAUAUUUUUGUAAGGGCAUCAUAUGUAAUAGUUAAAAAAUAAUAAAAAUUUAAAUUUAAGUCGAA